AUGCUCGCCCCCAAUUACUCAUACGUGCACCUCAGCGUAUUCUAUGAGACACUCCGGUUAUUCCUACCUGUGCCCGGUGUCCCCAAGUUCGCCGCCGAAGACGCCACGCUCGUCGCUACCUAUAGCAGCGGCAACAAGGUCGCCAUCCCUGUCCCCCAGGGUAGCGGCAUCGUGCUGUGCAUCCCGGGCCUGCACCAUAACCGUACGCCCUCUCGCAUCGGCUACGCCUCGCUCGCAUUGCCCCUUAACACGCUACUGGAAGGACCCAUACGCUUUCAAGCCGGAGCGGUUCCACGACAGUGA